CCGUCCCGUGACGUAACCGCGUUCACUGCUGCUGGAUUGGCAUCCCUGUGUCUAACGCGUGUGCCUGGGCAGCCUGCGUGCACAGCAGUGCUCAGAACAUAUCUCACACGGUGCUUCCUGACGGAACUCUCGUAGUUCCUCUCUAGUUUGCUUUUGACAUAAGCGAGACUUGUCUUGCCAGGCUGAGAGAGCUGCGGCUGUUCAGCCUGGAGAGGAGAAGGCUGCGGGGAGAUCUGAGGACAGCCUGUCGGUGUCCGAAGGGGCUGUGAGAAAGGAGGGGACCGGCUCUUCAGCGGGGUCUGUGGUGAUAGGACGAGGGGAAAUGGUGUCAGACGUAAUGAGGGGAGACGUCUCAUCCGCGGAGACAUUCGGUGUCAGGCUGGGCAUGGCGCUGAGCAGCCUGCUCUGGCCGUGGGUGUCCCUGUUCAGGGCAGGGCAGGUCUGUGGAUGGUCUAUGAGAGUCCAUUCCAACUCAAACGGUUCUAUGAGAGCCACAGAGAACUGACUGAGGAAAUCUGAAUAAGCUCCACAGGCUAUUUGCUGUGGACAAAUGUAGAAUGUGUACUUUUACCCAAGUCUGCAUUUGUUUGGUGUUAUUUUGUGUAUGGGGAGUUGUAGUUGUGUUUUCUGUAUGUCUGUAUGUAGCAGUACUUCUCCUGUACUGCUGAAGUACCAUUCAUUACAUGGAGAUUUGAAGCAUUUGUGCAGAUGGGAAAGAGUCCCACAUGUGAAUUGCUUUAUGACUGGGGAACAACAAAUUGUACAGUUGGUGACCUUGUGGAUCUGCUGAUUAGGAACCAGUUUCUGGCACCAGCAAGUCUUUUGCUUCCAGAAGCUGUCGGGAUGGCACAAGAAGUUACAUUACCUCUUUCUUCACAGGAAACUUUGCCUGUACAUGAGAAGCAACAGCCUAUACAGGAAAAAGAAGUAACAUCUGUAAAGCCUGUUUUGUCUCAGAAUACAGAGAAGCAACCUUCAGUCCCUCCAUGUUUAAGCCAAGAAAACAGCAACGCGCAGUCUAGUAACACAGAUUUCCACAAUUUUCGCUUUCACGACUUGGAAAGUGUUACAAAUAAUUUUGAUGAACGACCAGAAUCAGCUGGAGGAAAUAAGCUGGGGGAAGGUGGCUUUGGCAUUGUGUUCAAAGGCUACAUCAAUGGCAGAAAUGUGGCUGUCAAGAAACUUGCUGCUGUGGUUGAUGUGAGUGCACAGGAUUUGAAACAGCAAUUUGAUCAAGAAAUAGAAAUUAUGGCAAAGUGUAAACAUGAAAAUCUAGUAGAAUUGCUUGGUUUCUCAAGUGAUGGUGCUCAGCCCUGUUUGGUGUAUGAAUACAUGCCCAAUGGUUCGCUGCUUGACAGACUUGCUUGUCUGGAUGGCACUCCACCAAUUUCUUGGAAUACAAGGUGUGAAAUUGCUCAAGGUACUGCCAGUGGCAUCAACUUUUUGCAUGACAAUAAUCAUAUUCACAGAGACAUUAAAAGUGCAAAUAUCUUAUUGACUGAGACGUACGUGCCCAAAAUUUCCGACUUUGGACUUGCAAGAGCAUCAGUAACGUUCACGCGAACCAUCAUGACAGACAGAGUUGUGGGAACAGCAGCCUAUAUGGCACCUGAAGCUCUGCGAGGAGAAAUAACUCCUAAAUCUGAUAUCUUCAGCUUUGGGGUAGUCUUACUAGAAGUAAUAACAGGUUUGCCACCAGUAGAUGAAAACCGGGAGCCACAGUUACUGUUAAGUAUCAAGGAUGAAAUUGAGGAUGAGGAGGCGACAAUAGAGGAUUAUGUUGAUGUAAAGAUGAGUGACUGGGAUGCAGCUUCAGUUCAUAAGAUGUAUUCACUUGCUGAUCAGUGUCUGAAUGAGAAAAAAAACAGGAGGCCAAACAUUCAGAUGGUCCAGCAGUAUUUACAAGAGAUAAAAACGUGACAUGCAUUUCUGAUACACCUGUUGUCUAAAUGGAGUGCAGACCAGGAGCAAGUAGAGAAUUGUAUUAGCACUUACUGUGACAUGAUCAGCCUUUCUGCUUCCCAGAACUUUCUGGUCCACAUAUGAGACAUGCAGGUGGCUUGUCACCACACUAUUUUUUAUUUUUUUAUUUCUUUUUACUAACUGGGCACCUUUUCAUACAUCUAUAGCCACAGGACCUUCAACAUGAGAAAGCCUUUUUUCUUUUCUUUUGGUAUAAACAAACUGCCUUGCUGAUACAGCCUCUAAUAGGUUUUUAAGCACAUUUCUGUAUUACCAUCUCUCUGACUUCUCCUUGCCACGUAUCAAGUAUCUUCAGCAAAGCAAUGUGGUAGUAACAAGGUGGAUGUUUUUCUGCAAUUUUUUUUUCUUGAGAAGACCUCCUAGACCUUUCUUUACUGAACACAAAAACGUUUAGUAGACGUAAAUGGCACUUGUGUUAUCUUGUUGGCAGAAGGCAAUAGCAGUACCCACAUUUAAACAAACUUAGCAUUUUAGCUUGAGAGUUCAUAUUAGUGUGAACAAACCGGUGACACCCAUGAAUGUGACUGUUUUUUAGAAAGCCUUCUCGGGGUUUGUUUCAUUCAAAUAAGUGCUGCAGAACAUCUGUUAGGUUUCGAGGUUUUGCAGGCAGAGCAAUUACAUCACAGUGCAAAUGCAGAAAUGUGUGGCUUUCUUCUGGUCAGCUCUGCUGGUGAACCUUUUAAUCAUUGUUCAUAGGAAGACUUACAGUUACUUCUUCUUUUAUGUGUCAGGAGAAGAGUCCAUGUGAGACACUGCAAAUAUUGAUGGUUUAUUUUGUUAAAGGAGUCAAAUGUUAGGACUAAUUCUGCAUUCUCCUUAGUCAAAUCAUUAAGCUCUUACAUGUAUGUAUAUUAAUGAAGUAUAAAAAUACACAAAAUUACUGCAGAAAGCUUUUCGUGUUUGGGGUUUUUUGUUUUUGUUUGGGUGGUUUCUGUUUGUAUGGCUUUAUUUAAAGAUUGACAUAUCAAAGCAGAUUCAAAAUUGAAGUGAAUAAGAUUCUAGAUACUUUGGACCAGCAGACUACUGCUCAGCUACUCAGUGGGAGGUUGUUUUCACAUAAUGUAUUUUCUGGACCUCAAAUGCUGGAAGGAGAAAAAAAAAACUGCUGGAAAUGAGAAUAAAAUCUGUUUAAGUAAUUCUUUAAACAAC